AUGUCCGAUAGCUCCUGUGGCGGCUCUACGCCGUUCAAGAGCCUUGUAGAGCAUGGCUCACAUGAUCGAAGCCUUCACCAAGAUCGUUUCGUCGACGCUCCCCGUGUCCAGCAGGGUUUUCGGUCUGCCGGCUCAGUCCCUCCAGCACAGGCACAAGCGAACUUUGGAACAUUUCUUGGAUCAAAUUCAACUGCCCAAAUCGACUCAGUUAAGCUUUCGACCUAUGUCACCCCUAUCACGAGGUCCUUCCAGGCCUUGCAGACGCCUAAGAUGCCAGACACUCAGCACGUUUAUCGACUCUCUCCUGAUCCAAAUCGAUCUUCCGUUUCUCGAGUAUCGAGUGCAGCCGGUGGAGCAGCUAUGCAUACACCACACAGGCAAAAUUACGCCGCAAGCUCGCCAACAGCGACGCCCACAUGGGCGCAGGACUUCACAAGGUUUGUUGGCGGGGUUUCGAAUGCAGGGAGCCUACCGUCUGGGUCCCUGGCUACUCAAUACCGUCCAUUGAUCCCGCCCGCAUUCGCACACAACAUGAUGCCGCCACAAGCUGGACCAUCUAUCUCUAGGCCUGUUGCUGGCAGCGCCGUCAGCAAUAUGGCAAGCGCUGAGGCUGAUUUUGAUCUUGAAAUGGGCCAGUGGGUGGCAACGCACGGAGACGGCCGAAUGGAACAGGUCGACGCCGUUAUGGAACAGAUUGCGCGAGAGUUGGCACAGCAAGAAGAACAACAAUCUAGCACUGCCGGCCACCUGUUUAGCAUCGACCUCACCGCUUCAAUGGAUACCGCCACAAUCUCACCGCCGAGUGUUUCCUUGGAGAAUACCACGGAGCACACGCGAACAAACCUUGUUGCAGAGACUAUCAACCAACAAGCAAAUGAUGGGCAAAGCCUGUUUGACACGAGGAACGCCGCUGUGCCGAGCAACAUGAAUCAUUUGGAGCAAGUACCCGAUAUGUCACAGCUCAACCUCCACGAAGCUUCUGAAUCGGCAGCUCCCAGGCCCGUAGAGCAUGCUCAGUCUCAAACGGAGAUAUCGGAAGCCGCAAGGCAAAUUUUACAGUCAGUUCAGCAUGAGAACGGAGACAAGUGGAAAAAUUCCCAAUUUCUCCUGCUUAUGAAGGAUUUUCGAGAUGGCAACAAAGACAUUGUAAACAACGAAAUUCUAGAAACUAGCGCCGGCGGUGAGCGCAUAGCCGGAAAUUGA